UAAUUUUUUGUUUAGUUGAUCAGUGGCGGUUCAGUAGUCAGUGCAGAGGCAGUAUGGGAUCAUGUGACGAUGGCUGAGCGGGAGUUGGCUUUUAAGGCAGGGGAUGUCAUCAAAGUCCUGGAUGCCUCAAACAAAGACUGGUGGUGGGGCCUAAUCGACGAUAAAGAAGGCUGGUUCCCUGCCAGCUUUGUGAGGCUGUGGGUUAACCAGGAUGAUGAAGCCACAGAAUCAACAGAAGGUGUCAUGGUACACAAUGGACACAUUGACACAGCCAAUGGAGGUCUGUGUAUUAGCCAACCACUUCAGAAUCGAGAUCAGAUGAGGGCCAAUGUUAUCAAUGAGAUCAUGAGCACCGAGCGCCACUACAUCAAACAUCUGAAAGACAUAUGUGAGGGCUACUUUAGGCAGUGUCGAAAGAGGGUGGACAUGUUUAAUGAUGACCAACUGAAAGUGAUUUUUGGAAACAUUGAGUGCAUCUACAGAUUUCAAGUGGGAUUUGUUAGGGACUUGGAGAAACAGUACAACAUUGAGGAACCCCAUCUCAGUGAGAUUGGACCGUGCUUUCUGGAACACCAAGAUGGUUUCUGGAUCUACUCAGAGUACUGCAACAAUCAUCUUGAUGCCUGCAUGGAACUUUCAAAGCUGAUGAAGGAUGGGCGGUAUCAACACUUUUUUGAGGCCUGUCGCCUUCUGCAGCAGAUGAUUGACAUUGCCAUUGAUGGGUUUCUGCUAACUCCUGUGCAGAAGAUCUGCAAGUAUCCACUACAGCUGGCGGAGUUACUCAAGUACACAACACAGGAACAUAGUGAUUACCGAUAUGUGGCAGCAGCACUGGCUGUCAUGAGGAAUGUCACCCAGCAAAUCAAUGAGCGCAAAAGAAGACUUGAGAACAUUGACAAGAUCGCUCAGUGGCAGGCCUCAGUCCUGGAAUGGGAGGGUGAUGACAUUCUGGACAAAAGCUCAGAGCUGAUCUAUACUGGUGAGAUGUCGUGGAUCUAUCAGCCUUAUGGCAGGAGUCAGCAACGAGUUUUCUUUCUGUUUGAUCACCAGAUGGUUUUGUGCAAAAAGGACCUCAUAAGACGGGACAUUCUUUACUACAAAGGUCGCAUUGACAUGGACAGGUAUGAGGUGAGAGAUGCUAUUGACGGACGAGAUGACGACUACAACAUCAGUGUAAAACACGCAUUCAAACUGCGUAAUAAAGAAACUGAUGAAAUACACAUAUUUCUGGCAAAGAAGUCAGAGGAGAAGAUUCGGUGGCUAAGGGCAUUUCUUGAGGAGCGCAAGAUGGUUCAAGAAGAUGAAAAAAUGGGUUUUGAAAUAUCUGAAUACCAGAAACGACAGGCUGCUAUGACAGUGCGUAAAGUGACCAAACAGAAAGGUGAGGCACCAAGGCGAUGAUACCAGGUGUGACCAGAGCAGGUGUUUUUCUCCAACCAGCCUAUCAACCCCCUGGACCUCCUGACAAAUGGAUACUUGGUGCCAUCUUAUGACCCACCACUAUCAGAUAUUGUUGAAUAUAAUCCUCCAAAUCAGGACAGUCUCCAUUUUGGCUAAAUUUAAAACACUGCAGAUCUACAUAAACAUCCUACGUUUUUUUAUUUAUUUACAGGAGAUGACAUUUAGUGACAAGCAUGAUUCAGAUGUGCUUCUACCUUUCAACAAUAACAAACGUAUGUCCUCUAUCAAGACAUUCAUAUGUACAAUUGAUAAUUUGCCAUUGCUGUAUCUUGCCGUUUUACUUGUGGGAUAAUUUUGUAGGAUUUUGAAGGAUUAUUUUAAUAAUCUUGUUGACAGUACAGUUAUUCAUAAAUUCAAAAAAUAUUUGCGUAUGGUCCUAUUGAUGUCUGUGGUAUACUGAUGAAAAGAUCAGUUAUAUGGUGAUGGUCAUGUGUAAGAAUGUACACUUUAUACACAAAUAACUAAACAAUCCUCGAGAUAGGGUAUUCUUCUUUAUUGUGGUAAAUUUGUCAAACUGUGGCGAAUACGAUCAUUAUUGCAUAUUCUACAUCAUCAUAUUGUGAGUGCAGACAUAAAUCCUUAAUGUUAACAUUAUCCCAUCAGAAAAUGACCCAUUGUUUGACAUUGCCUGAACGUAUUUGUUUCAUAUGAUAAAUGUUUGAUGUUGUGUCUGUUAAAGGUUAAUAGAUUUGUAUGAAUUUGCUUCAAAAUGUUUUCAUUUUUAUUGUACUAAAUACUGUUAUAAGCAAAGUAAAACCACUGUUUUUAAUAGCUACUCCAAGUGCUAUUACUGUGGUAGUUAAUUGCACAUAUUAAACAAAUUUGCAUUGCAA